ACAUAAAAAUACAUUAGAUGAGCACUUCUCUGUCAGCAUAGUUCGUGUCAGUAUUUCAAUUCUAAAAGAAAACAACAGAUGUUGUGCAAGUUAGACAGAAAAGAGUUGCAAAUCGAACAUAUAUCAUGGCAAUUUGCUAAGGACAAGUGUUGAUCGUUUCUGAAACCCUGGAUCGGAACGCCUGCUUUACGCGCAGAGCAUUGGAAACGGAGCAGGAACUCAAAACAUUAGGCAAUAGGACAUUAAUGACACCUGACUAAGAUGUCUGUCCGUAAUCCAACAACGUUGAUGUCCAUCAGUAAUGAAGAAAGCUUCGAUUUUUUGUUCAAAAUCGUUCUGAUUGGAGACUGUGGAACAGGGAAAACUUGCAUUGUACAGCGCUUUAAAUCAGGAAAUUUCAUCGAGAGCCAUGGCAACACAAUCGGAGUGGAUUUCUCGAUGAAGGCAGUAACAGUGGAUGGCAAAAAAGUUAAGCUUCAAAUUUGGGACACGGCUGGCCAAGAACGUUUUCGGACAAUCACACAAAGCUACUACCGAUCCGCGAAUGGGGUUAUUAUAGUAUACGAUAUCACUAAACGUUCCUCCUUUUUGAAUUUACAACGAUGGAUUGACGAGGUGCGUCGAUAUACGGCGUCCAACGUGAUGAUAUUCGUCAUCGGGAACAAGUGCGAUUUGGACGCGAUACGAGAAGUGGAGUUUGCUGAAGCGCAAACGAUGUGCCAAUAUAUACCAGAGAUUAUGUUCGUUACAGAAACUUCGGCAAAAGAUAACAGAAAUAUCGAGGAUGCCUUCAUGACUCUAGCCACAGAGCUAAAGAGACGACAUGAUAACAUCGCAUCAGAAGACGAUACCGAUGGUAUCACACUGGGGCAUAGCAUGACCCUCUCAGUUAGUAAUUGUAGCUUGUGUAGCAGAACGUGAAUAGCUCCUAUAAUUAUACAAUUCAAGUUAGUUAUUGAGUCUCUUAGUGUUAGUGGAAUAUUGGUACGGAAGAUAUAAGUGUAUAUAGUUUUUUUGUAUGAUAAUAUGUAUUGAUUAAAAUACGAACUUAAGAAACGAUAUAAUUUUCUUAGUACAUCAAUGAAUAUCGUGUGUCCUCGUGAUCGUUAUUUCGGUUAAUGAUGUAAAAAAUGGAGGAAUGUGCUGAAAUUAUCGUUUGAUAGAUGAUGCGUCUUACGUUAUGCAAUAGCUUAAUAUUUAAAUGAUAUUAUUUCUGUCAUUGUGAUAUGGAGUGCUGAUAUCUGGUGGAAUGAGAGGCAAAAAUGGUUAUUUUACACUAUAGGUUGUUUUUUGAAUACCCAGAACCAUCAUACGAAUUUGUUAACGUUGUCCAACACUAUGUAGCGUUUAUAUUCAUAUUUCUAUCAAGGUCAUUUUCGGUAUCACCCCCCUUUUGUAUGGAGUCAAUGUCUAAACUCAAUCAUCCGUAAACUAAAUUGUUACUCAAAAUUUUAACCGUUUUAGAGUAAAAAAAAUAAAUAAAUCUACCUUGUCUAAACUUUUUA